CAAACACAGUUUGCAUGCUCUACACUUUCAUGGAGUUCUUGUGAGCCAAAGAAACAGAACAAAGCGUGAGAGAUGCUCUGCUCUAAGCUCUGAGCUCGAAGCUCGAAUCAAACAUGUCUAUGGUUCUCCGCAUCAAAUUGCUCCUCAUCUCCUUCAAUCUCUUAGCAUGUCUCUUCAAUCCGGCCUUCUCUUUCCAGGCACGAAAUCCUGAAGUUGAAGCACUCAUCACUAUAAGGCAGCGUUUGGAUGAUCCUCACGGAGCACUCGCUAAUUGGGACCAGGACUCUGUCGACCCUUGCAGCUGGUCCAUGAUCACUUGCAAUUCUGAUAAUCUCGUCACUGCUCUGGGAGCUCCAAGUCAGGGGUUAUCAGGAACUCUGUCGGGGAGCAUUGCUAACCUCACAAACCUCAAACAAGUAUUACUGCAAAACAACAAUAUAUCUGGAGGCAUUCCAGAGGGGCUCGGCUACCUUCGAGACCUACAGACAUUGGAUCUGUCCAACAACAAGCUCUCUGCUCAAAUUCCUGACUCUUUGGGAUUAUUGAAGAGCCUGCAGUAUAUGAGGUUGAACAACAACAGCUUGAGUGGGGCAGUGCCUGUGUCGUUAGCCAGUCUUCCUCAGCUUGCUUUCUUGGAUCUGUCCUUCAACAAUCUCAGUGGACCCCUUCCCCAUUUCCCUACCAAAACAUUCAACAUUCUGGGGAACCCUUUGGUCUGUGCAACACAAAAGUGCUCUGGACCAAGUCUUGGUAGCCCACUUUCAUUCUCCAUAGAUCCAUCUGCAGACAAGAAACAGUCAAGAAAGCUAGCCAUCGCAGUUGGGGUGAGCCUCAGCUUUGUUUCAGUGAUUGGUGCUGUGUUUGGAUUUCUCUUAUGGAAAAGAAACAGGAAAACGAAGCAGUCUAUUUUGAACAUUACAGAUGUUCAAGAUGACGACCUCGAGCUCACGCGAUUUGGGAAUUUGAGGAGCUUCACGUUCAAAGAGCUGCAGCACGCGACAGACAACUUCAGCCCAAAAACCAUACUUGGCGCCGGAGGAUUCGGCAACGUUUACAGAGGAAAGCUCGGUGAUGGCACAUUGGUGGCUGUCAAGCGGCUCAAGGACAUAAUGGGAACUCCCACUGGGGAAACGCAGUUCAGGACCGAGCUAGAGAUGAUCAGCCUAGCUGUCCACCGAAAUUUGCUUCGCAUCAUCGGAUACUGUACCACGGCCAGCGAAAGACUCCUCGUCUAUCCAUACAUGCCCAAUGGCAGCGUCGCGUUGAGGCUUAGAGGGAAGCCGGUUUUGGAUUGGAGCACGAGGAAGAGAAUAGCGAUAGGGGCAGCAAGGGGGCUGCUAUAUCUGCACGAACAAUGCGACCCGAAGAUAAUUCACAGGGAUGUGAAGGCGGCGAAUGUGCUGCUGGACGAGUGGUGCGAGGCUGUGGUGGGUGACUUUGGGCUUGCUAAGCUACUGGACCAUGCGGAGUCUCACGUGACAACCGCGGUUCGUGGCACGGUUGGUCACAUUGCACCCGAGUACCUCUCGACGGGCCAGUCGUCGGAGAAAACAGACGUCUUUGGGUUCGGGAUUCUGCUGUUGGAACUCAUAACUGGAAUGAGAGCUUUUGAGUUUGGCAAGUCCGUACACCAAAAGGGUGCUGUGCUACAAUGGGUUAAGAAGAUACAAGAGGAGAAGAAGUACGAGGAAUUGGUGGAUAAAGAGAUGGCAGUGAACUUCGACCCGAUAGAGGUAGGCGAAAUGUUGCAAGUGGCGUUACUUUGCACGCAAUAUUUGCCGGCCCAUCGGCCAAAAAUGUCAGAUAUUGUUCGGAUGCUGGAAGGGGACGGGCUGGCCGAGAAAUGGGCAGCCUCCCACAACUACAUCUUCAAUGGAUCGGCGAAUUUGUCUUGUGAUAGUGCGGCAAGGCUGCGUCUGAAUGAGGACACGGACAUGUCGUCGAGCGCCUUCGUGUUGGCGGCCAUGGAUGAUGACUAUGAUGCUCACUGCAUGGAGCUUUCUGGGCCAAGGUGAUGAACACUAGUACUAUUUGUUGCAAGUGACAAAUUACUAUGUAGGAAAUAUUUGUUCGAAAAUUGUCUUUUAUACAUAUAUAUAUGUGUAUGAAUGUGUGCAUGUAUAUGUGAUUUGGGUUUGGAUUGUGUGUGGUGUGUCUGUUUAGGACAUUGGUUUUGUAGAUUAAUUCAAUUUUUGUGGUAUAAGUUUUGAAAUACUAUAU